CUGUUCUCCCUACCCAGAUCAGCCCCUCCACUCUGCCUGCUUGCCUGUCUGCCUGUUCCCCUUCAUCAGUCCUCCGUGUUCCAGAUCCAGGAUGUCAGUCAGGAAGAGCACCAGCUACACCGUCAAGUCAUCGUCUGCGGGCGCGGCUCCCCGGAGCUUCAGCAGCAUGUCGUACUCUGGGCCCGCCACGGCACGGCAGAGCUACAGCGUGAGGAGCUCCUACGGCGGGGCGAGCCGUGGGGUGGGGGUCGGCUACGGAGGCACCGGGGGCUUCAUCUCCAGCUCCUCUGCCUACGGAGGAGGCAUGGGCCUGGGCAUGGGCAUGGGCGGGGGGAACAUGGCUCCCAUCACGGCCGUGUCUGUGAACAAGAGCCUGCUGGCCCCCCUGAACCUGGAGAUUGACCCCAACAUCCAGACCGUCCGCACCCAGGAGAAGGAGCAGAUCAAGACCCUCAACAACCGCUUCGCCUCCUUCAUCGACAAGGUGCGUUUCCUGGAGCAGCAGAACAAGAUGCUGGAGACCAAGUGGAGCCUCCUGCAGGACCAGACCACCACACGCUCCAACAUCGAUGGCAUGUUUGAGGCCUACAUCGCUAACCUGCGCAGACAGCUGGACGGCCUGGGCAACGACAAGAUGAGGCUGGAGGCUGACCUGCACAAUAUGCAGGGGCUGGUCGAGGACUUCAAGAACAAGUACGAGGAUGAAAUCAACAAACGUACCGAAUGUGAGAACGACUUUGUUCUCAUCAAGAAGGAUGUGGAUGAGGCCUACAUGAACAAGGUGGAGCUGGAGGCCAAGCUGGAGAGCUUGACGGACGAGAUCAACUUCCUGCGCCAGAUCUACGAGGAGGAGUUGAGGGAGCUGCAGGGGCAGAUCAAGGACACCUCAGUGGUGGUGGAGAUGGACAACAGCCGCAACCUGGACAUGGACUCCAUCGUGGCUGAGGUCCGCGCCCAGUACGAGGAUAUCGCCAACCGCAGCAGGGCAGAGGCUGAGACCUGGUACAAGUCCAAGUAUGAGGAGAUGCAGACAUCAGCUACCAGGUAUGGGGAUGACCUGAGAGCCACCAAGACAGAGAUCUCAGACCUGAACCGCAUGAUCCAGAGGCUGACGUCUGAGAUUGACUCUGUUAAGGGACAGCGUGCUAACCUCGAGGCCCAGAUAGCCGAGGCGGAGGAGCGUGGAGAGAUGGCGGUGAGAGACGCCAAGGGCCGCAUCAGCGACCUGGAGAAUGCGCUCCAGAGAGCCAAGCAGGAUAUGGCACGCCAGAUUAGAGAGUACCAGGACCUGAUGAACGUCAAGCUGGCCCUGGACAUCGAGAUCGCCACCUACAGGAAGCUGCUGGAAGGAGAGGAGGACAGGCUAGCGAGCGGGAUCAAGUCCAUCAACAUCUCCAAACAGAGCACGAGCUACAACUCCUUCCCCAUGGAGAGUGUGAGCAGCAGCUACAGCAGCGGCGUCUCCAGCGGUUACGGUGGCGGUUACGGUAGCGGUUACGGUGGAGGUUACGGCUACGGCUCUGGCUUGGGUUCGGGCAGCUACAGCUCCGGCAGUGCCUACGGGAGCAGCAGUGGGCACGGGAGCAGCAGCGUCACCCAGAACAAGAAGAGUGUUGUCAUCAAGAUGAUCGAGACCAAGGACGGCAAGGUGGUGUCCGAGUCCUCCGAGGUUGUGGAGGACUGAGGGGUGAAGCUGCCCUGAAGCAACCAGCCACAACUGCACUGUCAGGAGCUGGCUUAGGGUUAACCCUAACCCUGUCAGGAGAUGUGGCUGCAGAAGCAACAAGCAUUCUAAUCCAACCAAAGAUUUAGAAAAUGGACCAAGGAUUCCUUAGUGAUACUGAAUACCGGCUUGUGCCUUUUUAUUUUUUAUUGUGUACUAAAACAAAGAUAUUGCUGUGUGCCUUUCUCAACAUUCCAUUACCGACCUAUGCCCUCUGACCUCGGGUUUGACCUAUGCAACAGGCCUGACCUCUAAUCGCCCUUAGACCAGAGAAGGAGUGUGUGUGUAUUGCAGGCCCAGACAUCUGGUUAGCAGAUAGUCUCCUGUGUUCUCCUCUCAUCCCUGGCUAAAGCUGACACUCUGCAACUGCUAGCCUAAGAGUUUUUUGCUACCAAACAAUAAAAAUCUUACUGACAAA